AUGGGAGAUUCCCAAAAGAGUAAGGAAAAGGGUGCAUAUAGUCAAUGGGGACCAGAAGAGACAAAAGUGCUAGUAGAGUUACUUGUUGAUGGAGUUCACCGAAACUGGCGUGAUAAUAGCGGUAACUUUAGCAAGCUCAUUGUGGAGCAAAAAUUUUUACCAGUUCUUAAUGAAAGACUUGGAUGCCAAAAAAAUCACAAUCAGUACCUAAGUAGAUGGAAAUACUUGAGAGGCCUGUACAACAAUUAUUUAGACCUUCAACGCUUCAAUUCUGGAUGUGGAUGGGAUCCUGAAAUGAAAAGGUUCACCGCUCCGGAUGAAGUGUGGAAAGAGUACUUCAAGAAACAUCCUAAACAUAAACAUCUACGAUAUGAGUCAAACGAAAGAUUUGAAGAUCUUCAACUCAUAUUUGGAUGUGGCUUAGCUACCGGUGGUUCCGCUAUUGGAAUUAAAUAUAUGUUAUUUAUGUAG